UUAUUUAAAUUAUUAUUUGUUGUUUUAUUUCUCAGAAUAGUUAUUGAUUACACUAAAGAGGGUUUUUAGUCUCUCUUACUACAAGAACCCUUGGUUUGGUCUUGAACAUAAUUUUCAGUUGAGUUGAAUUUCAAAGCCAGGUAACCUUUGAGCUAGACGUUAUGGAAUAAGCUAUUUUCACUUUAAAUUGACUUAAAUGGUGCAGAUCUUAUACUGAUACUGUUUGUUUACAAUAUACUAAAACUGGACUGGAGGCGGACGUCACGCUCCAAGGAAAUCGAGGAAUCCUGGAGAAAGAGAGCGCGCUUUUUUGAAAUGGAAAAGCGUCGUGGUACCUAUUGAUAAAGAAGAACAUCAAGACGAAGCUUGCGCUUUACAAGUGGGAUGCAUUGUUGAGCGCUAACGUUACAUCCCGAGAGGUUUGUGCUGAUUGUACGGAGAUUGUGACAGCCGGUUAAAUGGCGUCCCAACGCAAGAACAAGAUAUGCUCAGCAAUAUUAUGGUUCUCGCCUGGAGUCCACCUGUGAUCUGCAGACUAGUGCUGCCUGCUCUCUACCCUGCAGGCCAAUGCCCAAGAGUGCUAUAGAGGCCCUCAAUCUCGUUCACCCUGAAGUAACCAAACGAUUUAGCAGACACUCUUACCCAGAGCGACUUAGUUAUUGCAGUCAUCUUAAGAUAGCUAGGUUUUUUGGCUGUGGUCUUCCUGUUCCAGAGAAACUUCAGGGCUGCAGAAUCUUGGACCUGGGCAGCGGUUCCGGCAGAGACUGCUAUGCCCUCAGUAAACUAGUUGGCGAGACUGGCCAUGUCACAGGCAUUGAUAUGACUGAGGAACUGAUUCUAGUGUCCCGUAAAUACAUCUCAUACCACCAGGAGAAGUUUGGCUUUGAGAAACCCAACACCACCUUCCUCCAGGGGUAUAUGGAGAAGCUAACUGCAGCUGGCGUUGAGAAUGACUCUAUGGAUAUCAUAGUGUCAAACUGUGUCAUCUGUUUAUGCCCUGAUAAGAAAACGGUUCUACGUGAAGCCUAUAAGGUCCUCAAGGAGGGUGGUGAAUUGUACUACAGUGACAUGUAUGCCAGCAAUGUUGUUCCUGACCACUUAAAAGAGGAUUCAGUUCUGUGGGGUGAGGGAAUGGGCGGUUCCCUCUAUUGGCGCGACUUUAUCUCAUUGGUCCAGGAGGUGGGCUUCAGCACGCCUCACCUCAUCUCAGCCAGUCACAUUGAGGUCCACAACUGCGAGCUCAAAAAGAAAGCAGGUGAUAUUAGCUAUGCGUCUGGCACUUACCGGCUCUUUAAGUUGCCGAAAAAGCUUGAGAUGUCAAGUGGAAUAGUGACCUACAAGGGGACAGUGCCUGACUACCCGUGUCAGCUGGAGUUUGACUCCUCCCACUGCUUCAAGAAGGACGUGGCGCUGCAGGUGGAUGGGGAGAUGGCUGCUAUCCUUCAGUGCUCUCGCUUCUCCCCGGACUUCUGCAUCCAGAAGUACGGCCACCUCAGCCCGUUUCUGCUGGCCGAUAACCUGGGCUCCUCGGUGAAGCAGUGCUCCAAAACAGGCAAAGCUCCAGGAGGCUGUGGGGAGACCUAACUCACUACACCUGGAUGACAUCAUAUCCAUGAAAGACCCUCCUCAGAAUGACAGGGUGUAUGUCCCAAUAGUCUCUCCUUCCUCCUGAAGUGUGCACUCAUUCAUUACUUCCCACAAAUUUAAAAUCAUUGGAUUGUUGUUGGCCUGUGCUAUUGGGAGUUUCCACCAUAUUUCUUAUACCAGUCAUUUCAUAACAGUGUAGGGAUGUGAACAAGUGCACUUGAAGGAGAGGUUAUUUGGAUCACCCAAUGUGACAGAAAAUACGUCCAUUUUGAUGUCUGUACCUAUGUUGCACAAAUUAUAUAAAAAGGGUUGUAGUGUUUCUUUUCAGACUGAAAAGCCUACUGUGCCUUGAAAUACUAUAUUUUUCCUCCCAUGUCCAGCUCAUAUAUUUAAAUGGCAAUGGUUAUUUUAUUAUGUGACAUUUGGAGCAUUACCUGGAUAAUACAUGAGACUGUAGCCUAUAUUAACUAAUUUACACACUGAUGUGGACAACCUAAGGCCCGCCCAGUCAUUCAAUGUAAAAAAUUACAUUUGUAAAAAAAGACUUGUCUUGUUAAAUUCUCAAAUGACAUGCACACAGGCUGAAGGUCCCACCAGCCCAUAUACAUAGAUCACUUGACAAAUGCACAAAAGAGAAGAUAAAUAAUUCAACAAAA